AUGGGUAUUCAAGGCUUACUUCCACUCCUCAAGCCUAUUCAGCGACGCCGCCAUCUUUCUGACUUUUCAGGCCAGACGCUUGCUGUUGAUGCCUAUGUGUGGCUGCACAGAGGUGCCUACUCGUGUGCUACCGAGCUCGUCCAGGGUCGUCCGACGCGUCGUUAUGUCGAUUUCUGCAUGGCUCGCGUCCGACUUCUGCGGCAUCAUGGCAUCUUGCCGUACCUCGUUUUCGACGGUGGUCCGCUCCCUGCAAAGCUCGGAACAGAAAAGGAACGCGAAAAGAAGAGAGAACAAAAUAUCAAACGCGCAAAUGAGCUGAUGUCUCAAGGAAAGGAGAGCCAGGCAAGAGAACUGUACGUCAAAUGUGUAGACGUUACGCCUCAAAUGGCUUACCAGGUAAUUAAGGCUCUCAAAGCAGAAAACGUCCCAUAUGUAGUUGCUCCAUAUGAAGCAGACGCUCAACUCGCGUACCUGGAGCGUAUGGGCCUUGUCGACGGAAUCAUCACAGAGGACUCCGACCUCCUCGUCUUCGGAUGCCGCAACGUGCAUGUCAAGCUUGACACAGUCUCCGCGUCUGUCGUCAGCAUCUCUCGCGCAGACUUUGGCUCUCCGUCCCUGGCUGCAGACUCAUUUUCUCUAAUCGGCUGGUCAGACGCUCAGUUUCGCUGGAUGGCAAUGCUGAGUGGCUGUGACUAUCUCCCAAGCAUCGCUGGCAUCGGUCUAAAGACAGCGUACCAACUUCUGAAGAAAUAUAAAACUGUUGAAAAGGCAGUGCGCAUGAUACGACUGGAUGGGAAGAAGUCAGUUCCGAAGGACUAUGUUGACGCGUUCUUUCUCGCUGAGAAAGUUUUCUUGCAUCAGCGAGUAUACGACCCGUGCCUCAAGAAGUUGGUAUAUUUGACGAGUCCCUCUAAUGAAUUUUGCCUAAGCGAGGAAGUUGAGAUGUAUAUUGGGCGGUUCGUUCACUCGUAUUGCAGCUCUUGUGCACUUUUGACCUUGUCGUACAGAGACCUCGAGCCAUCUUUGGCUACACGAAUUGCGGAAGGCGACACCUGUCCUAUUUCAUUGAAUGACAUGGAUGACAUCAAUCCAUCAUUCGUCCCCAGGCCCGUCAAGGCCCUUCCAUUGCAGCAACGCGAUGUAAAUAGCUCGAAAACGCCUAAAGGCAAGGAACCGACAAAGAAAACUGGCAUUCUAAAUUUCUUCAGUGAGUCAAACAAUGUUACUGGUAGUUUCCGAGGUAACUAA